AUGAAUCCAAAUUUUAACACCAUUGUCCAUCGUCACACCACUACCAUGAUCAAUCAAGAACUACUACCAUCGACAGAAGAAGAUGACGAGUGGAGUUUGAGAACGAUCUCGUCAUUGAACGUGGUGGUACCAUCCUCCGCUUCUAACAAAACGAUAAUGAAUUUAGACGUUCUUGUUGGAUCCUCGUCUGGUCUCUGCUGUCCAUCGUUGAAAAAGCAUCAUCAUUCCAAUAACGACGACGACAAUAACGACGACGACCAACACGAACAUGAAAUUUCCAAGACCUUUGGCCAUGAUAACUUGGAUACGGCACACACGUAUCAGGACAUUGCCAGUCUCUUGGUGGAUAUUGGAAAAUAUGACGAAGCCUUGGACGUUUGCGAAGAGAUUUUGGAUAUUCUUUUGCAACCACAAUCGGGGGGUGAACAUAAUCAUUUGGCGAUCGCUGCGACCUAUCACCAAAUGGACGAGAUUCUCGAACGGAAAAAAGGAGGAGGAGGAGGCAAUGACCUGAAAGCCAGCAUGAGCAUGUAUGAAGCAGCCUUGUAG